CUACACCUGCUGCUCCCGUGGGGCUGUUGUCAUGGUAACGCGUGUACGCGGGCUGCGAAGCGCCCUCCGGUGCGCGCUAAAACACCCGGGAAAGACCCCGUUUACAAGCACCGUUUCACCUGACCGUACCGCAUUCGACCGACGCGAAGCACGCCACAGAGGGAUGACGAUAACGAGGGGACGUCUUCCAGUACGACCUCCAGUCCUGCAGUAGAGCGUUUCUCCAGAGAUGUCUGCGCUGAGUGACUCCGGGAUCGAGGAAGAUCUGCACGCUUCUCCGGCAGAGACCUCCAGGCUGACCUCGGAGCUGCAGGAGUGUGACUACGAAGAGAGCUGCUUCAUCAUCCAGAGACACAAUGAAGUGCACUUUCUAGCGCUGGACUGCCUCGCGAGACAGCCGCAGAUUACAGCAGAAGCUCGCAGUAAGCUGGUCAGCUGGCUCAUAGCCGUACACAGACAGCUCAAACUGUCCUUCGAAUCAUGCUGCUUGGCUGUUAACAUCAUGGACCGUUUCCUGAUCACAACCUCGGUAGCUGCAGACUGUUUCCAGUUACUGGGAGUGACGUCUCUGCUGAUCGCCACAAAACAGGUCGAAGUGUAUUCGCCUCUGAUCACACAGCUUCUGUCGCUUUGCUGCAAUUCUUUUACCAGAGAGCAGCUGUGCAACCUUGAAUGCCUGAUCCUUCUCAGACUCAAUUUCAGACUGGCUGCACCUACCCUCGCUUUCUUUCUGGAAUAUUUCACCAGACACCCUACCGGAUACCAGACUGAGGGAGCCACGGAUAAGAUGGUCGCUACACAGGACAGAAACGUAUGGAAGGAGCCCGAGAAAUGGUUGGCGUGCAAAGUCUGUGAACUGAGUUUGGCCGACUACACGUUUAACAAGUAUAUGCCGUCUGUGAUUGUGCUGUGUGCCAUGAAAGUGGCAAAAGAUCUGCUGAAGACGCAUUCAGCGCAGCCGACAGACAGCUAUGCUGGCUCAUCACAGACACUGGAGUCUUUCUGUUUUCAAGAGUACCCAGCGUUUGAAGCUGAGCUUUUGUUUCAGCAAUGCACAGAAGAUCUCAAAUUGUUGGUUGCUCUUAAUCAAGACAUAGUCCAGGACUUUAUAACACCAUGAACCAUUAUUAAUAUGUUCCACGGAGUGAUCAGAUUGACCCAAGUGAUUCAACUCAAGUGAUUCAUCUGAAGAAAGUUGCAGAAAAAGAUACUGUAAUAACCAUUUUUUUAUAAUGCUGUUUCCUUCAUACGUUUAUAAUACACAUAAAACGAUUUGUAAUGGAGUCAAGCAGUGUUUAUCCCAAAAGCUAUUUAUGCAAAAGCGCGGUUUUAUUUUUCAUUCAUGUGUAAGUAGUGUGUACCUCGAACUUUUAGAAUUUUUAUUUGUAAAAUCGGAUUGUCAAUCAUAAAAAAGCA